AUGCAUCAUGAAAAAGCCCAGCGCUAUAUCGGCCUUUUGGAGGCGGCGCGCGUGGCCGGCCAGUGGAAAGAAUUUCCAGAGCUCAUAAGAAAAGUUACCAAACAUGCCCCUGAUCGAAAAUGCUUGAUACGGGUUGCAAGGUUCGAACACGACGUCGCCAACUACGCUUCUGCGCCAACCCGAAGACCCGGCACUGCCCAUACGAACCAGCCUGUCCCAGAUACCCAAGCUACUUCCCUCGAAGAAGAACUCUGUGCAACAGGACAUCCAUUUGAAGAGGUGGUACAAGGCCAGACAUGCUUGCUUUGGGCGCGUUGGGUGGGAGCACACAAAACAGACCGUCAAGUCCCCGCUGUUACCUUCGAACCCGUGCGAACCGCUGCAGACGCCGUUUCGACAUGGACGAAGAUCUGCGUGGUCAAAGCGGUUUACAUCAGAGGAAUGCUCUUCGUACAAGCUGGCGAGCACAAGGAGGCAAAAGAAAUCCAAGACUCUCUGCUCCCUUGGCUAGAUGCUAAUAGGAGCCUCGUCGUUUCCACCCCUCAACUCCUCUAUUGGGCACAACAGUUGCUUGCUCGGGUUGCGCUGGGCCAGAGAUUGUCAGUUGCGGACCCCGCCACUAUCAGUGAUCACGAGUCGGCCUCCUUCAGGCUCCAAGCAUUCCGGCAUUGGGCUGUUCUUGCGGUCAAGGACCACGAGGUAUCGGCCUCAACUUACGGCAACGGUCCAGGACAUCUGUCGAAGCUUGAGACAUGGGGAGCUUAUUACAGAUUCCUGUCCGGCGUUCUGCAAAACAGACAAGGAAUGGCUCACCAUGUCUCUAUCGAACGUUCUGACUUGGCAUUUGAGUUACGGCGUGUGGAAACGUCUUAUGAGAAUGAACUCUUACAAAACGUUCAAUUUCCGAAAGCCACUGAAUCCAAUACGGUCAUAGAAACGUGGGUGGAAGAAUUCAUUCGCAACUGGCAAAUCCUUUGCGGUCCUCACUGGUCGGACUCGGACCUGGGCGAAGGCGGUCGCAAUUCAUGCGGUAGAAACGUGCUCGACAUGCUUUAUCGAGCGGCCGCAAAAUCAUUUCACUCUACUCUAAUCCUACGCCGUUUAUUUCAAGUACACAAAGCCUUGACAGACUUCGACUUGGCUUACAAGGCUCUGGACACCUACAUCGAGUUAAUGGAUCGGGCGCGGGCGGGCGCUGCUAAAUAUGAAACUCCGACGACCAGCAGAGACAGCGAUGAAGUCUUUAUGAAAACCAUCGCAGAAGGAAUUGAGGGCCUGUGCUCUUUCGGACGUCAUGUUGAGGCGGAAAAAGCGCAGGAGCUGUGCGACAAGCUCCAAGAUCUCUUGGAGGAGCUUGAGCUGCCUCCUACGAAUUCUAUUCCCAAUGGCUUUGCAGCGAGAACGAAUGGAGAAGUCAACGGAGAAAAGCCAAUUCCUCCACGUCUCUCCGCCGAUUUGCUAGAGGCUGUCUACCGAGCCAUUGGCAUAGGAAAAGCCCAGUGGGCUCGAUGGACGCCUUUCAACGAGGAUCGGACGAACUUGCAAACUGCUGCGAUUGAAUGUCUGCAGAAGGCGGCAGCACAAGAUCUCCCGCCAGCAAAGCAACUGCGCACCCUGUAUGCGUUAAGCCAACUGCUCGCGCAGACACGAGACAUUGACAAAGCGAUUGCGAUUGUGAAGAAAGCCCUGGCUUGGGAAACGGAGAAACUUGAGGAAGACGGCAAUUACAGCGUGCAGCGGCAGUUGCUGCCAUUUUGGCAUCUGUUAUCUCUUCUUCUUACCUCGCGGCAGAACUUUGAGACGGCAAAUCAGAGCUGUGUGGCGGCAUUCGAGCAAUUCUCUCCUCCAGAGAUAAUCUUUGGCGAUUUCCCGAACGGUUCGGUGGUCGGUGGAAGAUUGGUCAGUGGUUAUCGGAAAGUCGGGCUGGUCGACGAUAUGGAAUGUGACGAAUUGCAGAAAAUCAUCGAGAUUCGCAUCACAGAACUUGCAUUGACGGAGCUUAUGGAAGGUCCAGAGCAUGCCGUCAACAACAGCAACGACUUGCUUGCAUUAUAUUCCCGGCUGUUUGGACGACACGGCGUGAUCGCUAUCAGCGAAGAAACAUCCAGAAAAAGAUCGAUCCAACCACCCAAAAGUUCGGGUGGCACAGUAAGGAGUCUUCCCGGCAAGCUGUUUCACCGAAAAAGAAUGGGAAGAUCGAGCGAGUCGUCCAAAGGAGUGCCGAUCAAUAUCGCUCCUUCAAUAGCGGAAGAAAUACGGCCCAGCACCCAAGCGACUCAAGCGACCGAAACAACCCAAGCACCAACGAUCCAGGUCACCAAUGAAGACGGGAAGCCAUCGCCGCACAAGCACAAAAUAUUCCAUCUCCACGACCAUAGCAAAGAAGGGAAGCGUCAUUCUUCAGCUCCGCUGCCCACGAAAGGUCCGAGGCCAAGGACCUCGAGAUCACUGAGUCGAGGAAGGAAGGAGCCGAGUCAUCCAUCAAGCACGAGACAAUCGUUUGAGACCACGCAGGAGACGGUUCUCAGCUCGGAGGCUACGGCGGAAACUGCUCAACCCGAAUUGAGGCCCCAAUUGGAAACCAUUCAUUCGGCCGAUGUUCCAGAGGUGCCCGUGUCUUCGGAUCAUGAUGCGAGUGAAGGAGCCAAACAACCCCUCAAGGACAUCCCGCACAACCUCGCAGCGCACGAGAAGGUGCCACCACCGGCGCAACACCAAGAUCAACCUCCUGAGCAAGAUGUCCGAUUGCCCGUCGUGGGACCGGGGACACUGCGGACGGAUCCCAUACCGCGGUUCCCUCGAGCGGCAUCUCAGAGGCAUGCUCUGAGUAUACUGGUCAAAAUCUGGCUGAUUAUUGCGACGCUAUACCGAAGAGGCAACAUGUUUGACGACUCGCGGGAAGCAUGCGACGAGGCGGCUAAAGUGGCCUUGAAGAUUGAGGGCAUGGUUGCCAGCGUGGAAAGUUCAGCACGGGCAUUCAGUGACGGUGGAUGGGGCGGCGGCGGGAAUAGCUCGGACGAGCUUUGGGCUGACGUGUACUGUGAGCGAGCUGAGUUGCUAAUGGCGAUUGCCCGAGCUCGCGAGGAAAAAGAAGGCGCUGUGUCCUCUGAAGGAAUACGGGAGGCGGUGGACAACUAUGAGCAGUGUCUGAUGUACUUUGCCGACCACGCCGGAGGGAUCGUGGGCCUGAGUAAUGUGCUCUUGGACUACUACGAACGCAAAGUGGAGCUAGCACGGCGGAUUGACAACGGCAAAGCAAGAACGGAAGAAUCACAGCAGUUCCAACAGCAGGACGAACCCAGUCGGCCGAAGCACAAGCGAGAAUGGAGCCGAAUCUCGACAGGCGCCACCACCGGCGGUUGGUUUGAGCUGGAUGGUCAAGCCGCGAACGCAGCCACGCCUUUGGGAGCGACGAGCACUUCGUCGGUGAGAGAAGAGGAUCUUAAGAAGACGCCCGAGAACCUCAACAGACUGGCAGCUCGCGACAGGGCAUACGGAUUGCUAUCGACACUGACCAAAUUGGGGUCCGGUUGGGACAAUUCGGAAGCGUGGUUUGCGCUGGCGAGAGCUCAUGAGUUGGGUGGCGAGGUGGACCGAGCGAAGGAGAUCCUGUGGUGGUGCGUCGAACUGGAAGAUACGCGGCCCAUUCGACACUGGAGGAACGUUGGGUGUGGAGGGUACGUACUCUGA